GUGAGAGCUCCACGGCGUCAGUGUCACUGAGCAGUUGGCAGCUGUCGGGCCACUGCAGCUCUGAAAGGUCGACAUGAAGCUGCUGGAUGAGCGGAUCUGGUCGCUGUUUAAGCACAACUGGCAGCAUACUUUCACCUACUGGAGUGUGUUCUUUAGCUUCGGCCUGUGCAUCGCCUUCCUGGGACCCACCAUUCUGGACCUGAGGUGUCAGACUCAGUCCACCCUGCAGCAGAUCACCUGGGUCUUCUUUUCCCAGCAGUUCUUCCUGUUGGUAGGCAGCGGCCUGGGAGGGCUCUUCAAGAAAACACUCCUGUUUUCCCUGUCAGCCCUUUUCUCCUGCACAUUCAUCAUCUCGCUUGUGUUUUCCAUCAUACCGCUAUGUAACCAUGUGGUACUGCUGUCUGUUGCCAUGGCAAUUGCUGGCUUAGCCAUGGGGGUGAUUGACACCAUUGCCAACCUCCAGCUGGUGAAGCUGUACCAGAAGGAUUCCGCCACCUUCUUGCAGGCCUUGCAUUUCUUCAUAGGCCUCGGAGCACUGGUCAGUCCCCUGGUGGCUGAUCCCUUCCUGGCAGAUGAUAACUGUGUCCUGGGUGCCAACUGGACUGCCAACUCCUCCUCUUCCUCUGACCUAGAGCACCUUCGCAGCAGCCUGGCUGGGCAUGGAGGGCUACCCAACAUCUCCCGGUAUCCUCUGCACACUGAGGGUGUGGUCAUCACGAGGGUGUCGUAUGCUUUCUGGAUUAUGGCUGUUAUUAAUCUUCCAGUGCCAGCAGCGGUGCUCGCUUUGAUGUACCAUGAGAGACUGCUCCCUUGCUCCAACAACAGUCCACGUCUGCUUGACAGAGACUCUGUUUCCAGUGCGAGCCCCACUUGGGACAGUGGUCAAGGUCAUGGGAGUGUGUUUGGUUGCUGUAAUCAUGCCAAACUCCGAGGACGCCCUGCUACUUUCUUCCUCCUCCAUGUUCUGGGUGGGGCCAUCCUCUUCAUCACUGAUGGGAUUGUAGGCUCCUACACUGGCUUUGUCUACACCUAUGCAGUGUCCCCUCCUUUGCUGAUGGGCCAUAAGACUGCCGGUUGUCUGGACAGUAUAUUCUGGGCCUCCAUCACAGUAGGAAGACUGGCUUUCAUCUACCUGUCCUACAGAUACACAGCACCCAGGCUGCUCACGCUCAGUCUGGUGGGGGUCAUACUGGUGCAGUGCCUGUUGUUGAUCUUCUACACCAGCUGUGUGUUUCUCUUUAUCGGUACUUGCGUGUUGGGACUGUGCAUCAGCAGUGUGUUCCCAUCCAUGCUGGCCUUUACAGAGGACAUACUUGACUACAAAGGUUGUGCCACAACAGUUCUGGUGACCAGUGCCAGCACAGGAGAGAUGAUGCUGCAGCUGCUCGUUGGAUUAGUGAUCCACAGUCAGGGCAGUUACUCUUUCCUGUUGUGUUGUACACUAGCCUCAUUCAUUGGCUUCUGUCUGUUCCUGAUUCUCCUCUAUGUCCAGCACAGACACAGAAACUGCCCCACAGAUUCCUCUGACAACACAGACAUGAAAGAGAAGCCAAAGACUGGAGCUUCAUGAUCUGUGGGUUUCCGACAGACUAAGGGGGAGGCCAGAGGACAGAAACGACCAAGUGCCUUUGCUCUGGAUGAUAGAAAGAGAGAAUGGGAGGAACCAUUUCUGGCAUUCGCAUCAUAUGGCAGUCUCAGAACAGGAGCUUUAUCCUGUCCUCCUCCAACUGAACAUUGCUGACGAGAAAUCUACUUUCAAGCCUGGUGAUCAACAAAAAGCUCAAGGGAUGACCAAUACUUGACUUAAUUUCUGUUUUGGCAGAAUCAUCUCUAGCACUGUCUUUGUUUUCAAAGACACUUAAAUGAUUAAGUAUUGCCUUUCAAGUAUGCAUGUGAAAGCUCUUGUAUGAUUUAUUAUGUCAAAAUUGCUUGGAUGGCCUUAAAUGUUUUAACCUUUGAUGAGAGUAAAACUUAAGUCCUGAUAUUUUGACCCAGUGUCACCUGUGAUGCCCUUUAAAUGAACCUGUCUUUCCUGGAACCAGGUAAAACCCUCUGUGAAAAAUUGGGAUGUGAUAAUGGGCGGUGAUUUGAAGUUGAACAAACAAAUAAACUCAGUGAUCAGAUCUAUCUUUUUCCAGCUGAGGCUCUUAUCUAAGCUCAAGUCAUUUUAUCAUUUAGUGAUUUUGAAAGGGUUAUUCAUGGUUUUACCUCGACCCAAACUUGACCACUGUAAUGCGGGGUGAAACCUUCUGGUUGGUUGGAUGAUUGGAUCAUCGAUAUGCUCUUGUCUAACCAAAUUCCUAAUUACAGUCACUGGUGUUACUUUCAUAAGGCCAUGUUUCCACCAAAGCUGAAAAUGCCAGGCACUCAGCUGGAAGCUCCAGAGCGCUCUGGAAGUGCACCAUCAGCUGAGAAGAUUACGGGCUGUUUCACAUGUCGGGAAGGACGUGACUUUUCCAGUGAACUGAGAGACGCUUGACUGAACUCAAAGAAAGGCAAGUCUGCUCACUGGUAGUUCGAUGUCUUCGGUAGCGCCUGGACCACAUACUGGAUGUCCACGGAAUCCGAGCGGCCGGAAUUGUCAGAUCGCAAGAUCAUAAUGUCACGCAAUAAUUUGCGGAAAUCCUGGAGGUAUAAAGCAGGGCUGGACUGGGGCAAAAAAAUGGCCCUGGCAUUUUUGGCCAUGGUGGCCCACUAUGAUUGGUGAAAUGCCAUACGCACACACUAUGCUGUUACCAAAAUUAAAAUAAAUCUCAGUAGUAGCCUACAUGCCCUUGGAGAGAGUACCAAGGCUAGAAAAUCAAUGUGCUCAUUCACUUCUCAUAUACAUCCUGGUGGUAGUAGAUGGCCCCGGAGUACACAAUGCCUAUGGUGAAAGCACUUGCCAAAGAAACUCUACAAGAUUUAUCAUUUCAAUUUUUAAUAAAAUGUGUGCGAGUACAAAUAAGAUACAUAAAUGUCGGCUUUUUUUUUUUUGUCCCAGUCCAGCCCCGUACACAGGUCAUUGAAAGUCCUUGAAUUUAGUGUCACAGUUACACACUAAGGUUCUGCUGACACAUACUACUGUUAUCUGGGUGUUCAUUAUCCUCAGCUUACCUGUAGGAAAUUUAGAAACAUGACUGGCUGCUAGUUAAGCAUGACCUUCAUCUCUGUAGCUAACGUUGCUAGCCUAAUUAUUACUGACUGAAUGAACCGAGUACACCUCUUCUGAUUAACUGUAACGUUACAGUCAUUAUCAUAAACAUCAAAAUUUAGAACACAGUCACAUUUUAUAACUUUGUAAGGCCAUCAUGUACAUGAUUAGCUGAGUUGCUAGUGUUAGCUAUCGUAAAGAACGAACAGUUAGAACUAGCUAAAAAUCAACAAGUUAACGUUAGCCUAUAGCCUACUUUAACAAACUAACUUACCAUAGGGGCAGAAACAGAUGAAACAUUGUCUUCAGAGUCCCGACGCCAAGUGUCAUAUCCUACUUCAACUGGAGCGGCACUGGAGGAGCUUGCAUCAGUUUUUUCAACCAUCUCAGCAUUGCUAGGUUCUGUGCUCUGAUGAGGAGUGGCGAGCAUAGCUGGCAAGUGGCACCCAGCGUGACAUCAUGCAGUGAGUUGAGAUAAUAUCCCAGGAUUGAUUUUGGACAGUUUGGCAAUAGCCUUUACUAGUUCAAUCAAUCAAUCAAUCAAUCAAUUUUAUUUAUAAAGCCCAAUAUCACAAAUCACAAUUUGUCUCACAGGGCUUUACAGCAUACAACAUCCCUCUGUCCUUAGGACCCUCACAGCGGAUAAGGAACCCCCCCCCCAAAAAAAACCUUUAACGGGGGAAAAAUGGUAGAGCAACUCAGGAAGAGCAACUGAGGAGAGAUCCCUCUUCCAGGACGGACAGACGUGCAAUAGAUGUCGUACAGAACAGAUCAGCAUAAUAAAUUAACAGUAAUCCAUAUGACACAAUGAGACAGAGAAAGACAGAGACAGAGAGAGAGAGAGAGAGAGAGAGAGAGAGUCGUAAGUAGUUGUUAACUUUAUGUUUAAACGAUUAAAAGUAACAUCAAAUUUAUGUCUAGACGUGAUGACUUUGCAAAUAACACGAAUUUCAAAACAGAAUUGACAUGCUUCGUUCUGAAGAGGUGACACUUCAAAUAGCCGAUUAGAUGCGUUAUGGCCCAUAAUGCAUCUAAUCGGCUAUUUGAAGUGUCAGGACUCCUGACUGUGUAUUGAAGUCUGUUCCUGUCCAGUUUGGUGGCUGAUCCAAACCACACAGUGAUGGAUGGGCAGAGGACAGACAGGAGUGUUGAACUGUAUCAGCAGCUCCUGAGGCAAGUUGAACUUCCUUAGCUGCUGCAGUUUAUCCUCUGGCGGGCCUUUUUCCUGAUGGUGCUGAUGAUGGAUGUCCACUUGAGGUCCACAGCAGACAAAUGGUGCUUUUCAAAGUCAAGAAAUUAUCCUUAAAAGGCUGAAUUUCAAGGAGGCUACAUCACCAAAUUCCACCAAAGAACUGUUCCAAUAUCAAGGAUCCUUCAAAUACCACCAAGGACCAAGUCCUUCCUUCAGAGAAUUUUCAAGAAUGCAUGUGUGUAUCCUCAGUGUACCCACAAGUACCCACAAUUCUUUGCACAUAAUUUGCCGGAAUUGAAGGCGGGACCUCUUCAAUGAUGCACACCUCGGCAUUCGCUUGCCUGUUUCAAUGUGUGUUCACAGAAUGAUAGGAAGGAGUCUUGCCUAGGCUCUGUACGACCCAACUUGGAAGGAUCCAUCUUACCAAGGACUUGACUUUGAGAAGCACCAACAGUGUUGUUCUGCUUUGUUCAGGUCCAGGUUUUUCUGACCACACCAGAGGGCCAUCUGAUCAAUGUCCCAUAUGUAUACAGACUUGUCAACAUCCCAGUUGGCGGUUGGUUUCUGGUUGCCCCAAGAUCAAGGUGGAAGCACCGGGGAGAUUGUGCCUUUGCAGCUGUACAGUUGUAGCGCCCAAACUCUGUUGCUUCUGGAUGUGCAGC